GACUCGUAACGUCUGCUGCUUACCCUUUUCACAUAAAUCAUCUCAGAAUCUGCGGGACUUCCAUUUCAAGAAAAGAUUGUUACAAUCAAGUCCUACCCCUCUCCCCCCUCCAAAAAGAAUACAUACCUCCAAACAUGGCAAUGCCCACCACCAUAAGGUAAUUAGCCUUACAACAUGAGGUAAGAUUUCUACACAUAGUAAACCAAUCACACCCUUUUUAUAUUUCCUUUCCAAAUUCCUCACAAACUUUUCCUCCAUUAUUACACUCCCCAAAAAGGGUUUAUUGUAAUAUAUACAUACAAUUCUUGAAAUAUAUCAUACAUAGUAACCCUCAACCAUGACCCAAUUUUCAUUACCAAAUUCGCUGGUUGUCCAAAACCCAUCACUAAUUCUCCUUCCCAUUUUUCUAUCUCCAAAUUUAGGACAACUGCAUUGAUAGUAUUUGCACCCUCUCUCUCUCUCUAUAAAUAUAUAUAUACACAACACACACAUAUAUAUAUAUUUCGUCGGCAGUAGCAAGACAACAUAGUUCAUUAGACCGUACGUCGUUAGUUUGUGCCGAGGAAGAAAGAAAAAACAUGGGGAGGGGUAAAAUAGAGAUAAAAAAGAUUGAGAACGUGAACAGCCGGCAGGUGACGUUCUCGAAACGGCGCGGCGGAUUGAUGAAGAAGGCCAAGGAGUUGGCCGUGUUGUGUGACGCUCAGGUCGCCGUCAUUAUCUUUUCCGGCACCGGAAAGCUGUAUGAAUUCGCCAGUUCCCGUAUGGAGCAAAUAUUAGCUAGGUACAGUAGGAACCAUGAAAGUCCUGAACUCGCGACGGUUGAGCAUGCCGCUGAUCAGCAUGAGCCAACGAUUGAGGUAAACACACUGAAGGAUGAAAUCGAAAGGCUUCAAUUGAUGCACCGGAGAAGGUACUUUUGGAGCAGCUGGAGAAAUCGAAACUGCAGGAAAAGAAAGUGAUGCAGCAAAAUGAAGUUCUCCUGGAAAAGAUUGAGGAGCUUCGACGACAGACAGCAAGGGUGAGCAGCAUUGAGAAUCGUGUGAUUAUGAGCAAAGACUCGUGCAUGAGUUCAAGUUCCAUGCACCAACAACGCGCAUCAGACAAAGAUGCGACUUCUGAUACAUCCUUGCGCCUAGGAUUUUCAUCUGUGGAUCUUUCUCCAAAGCCCAAAAUACCAAAGCUGGAAAGCAGCAAGGAUUGCAAGAGUGCGAUGAUAGUGGACUGAUUAUGCAUGACUUCUCCAUGUUUGCUGCAAUUCUGUGUUUGUUUGUCCUAAUUUAUAAUGCAUUAACAUUCUCUAAUUUUCUUGUUAGAUAUUAUUCAAAAUUUAACUUUGGUUUAAUUUUUAAUUUCAGACCUAUCUAUAUAUUCAAAAUGUGGAUUUUUCGUUUCCACC